AUGGAGUCUCUGAUUGAAGCAAAUACCAAAUUUUCCUUGGAUCUUUUCCGAGAGAUAACCAAAGAUGAGAGUCAAAAAAAUAUCUUUUACUCUCCUCUGAGCCUCUCAGCUGCCCUGGGCAUGGUCCACCUGGGGGCUAGAAAUGACAGUGCUCGUCAGAUUGAUGAGGUACUACACUUCAAUGAACUUUCCCAGAGUGAAAGCAAAGAACCUGACCCCUGUUUGAAAAGCAAAAAAGCCGUAGAGGUUGACAGUUCUCUGGAAGGGCAGAAAGAAACCACAGAGUCUCUGGAUGUGCAGGCCAAGUCCUCCAGUGAUAAGAAUGAGCUGCUCAGCUGCUACUUCGGAAAUCUUCUCUCCAAGUUAGGCAGGGUCAAAGUUCACUACACCAUGAGUAUGGCCAACAGGCUCUAUGGAGAGCAGGAAUACCCAAUCUGCCCGGAGUACUUAGAUGGUGUGAUUCAGUUUUACCACACGACAAUUGAAAGUGUUGAUUUCAGGAAAGACACUGAACAGUCCAGACAAAAGAUCAACUUCUGGGUUGAAUCUCAAUGCCAAGGUAAAAUCAAGGAACUCUUCAGCAAGGACACCAUCAAUGACAAGACUGUGCUGGUGUUGGUGAACGCCGUGUACUUCAAGGCCAAAUGGGAACAACGUUUUGACUGUGACAACACAGUUGAUGAACCUUUCUUUCUGAAUGAGAAUGAAGAGAAGACUGUAAAGAUGAUGAAGCAAAAGGGCACGUUUAGAAUCGGCUUCAUAGAGGAGCUGCAGGCACAGAUCCUGGAGAUGAAGUACACCACGGGGAAGGUCAGCAUGUUCGUCCUGCUGCCACCUCGCUCCGUAGACAACAUGAAGGGCCUGAAAGAGCUUGAAAGGAAAAUAAGUUAUGAAAAACUCAGGGCCUGGACUAGCUCAGAAAACAUGUCAGAAGCAAAGGUAGCCAUCUCCUUCCCCCAGUUCACCCUGGAAGACAGCUAUGACCUCAACUCCAUUCUGCAAGACAUGGGUAUUACGGAUAUCUUUGAUGAGACGAAGGCUGACCUCUCGGGAAUCUCUCCCAGCACCAAUCUGUACUUGUCCAAGAUUGUGCACAAGACCUUCGUGGAGGUGGAUGAAAAUGGCACCCAGGCUGUUGCAGCCAGUGGGGUGGUUGGCAUGGAAAAGUCACUGCCGUCCUGGGUGGAGUUCAACGCCAACAGGCCUUUUCUCUUUUUCAUCAGACACAACAAAACCCAGACCAUUCUUUUUUGUGGCAGGGUCUGCAGUCCUUGAAGGGACCCACUGUCCAGCACUGGGGUGUGGGAGGAAAGUGGCAGUGGUCUUCCUUCCCCUGUGUAAUGAGGGCACCUGUGCAUUUGCUGCUAUCCAGAGCUGACUGCUUCCUGUUCCAGCCCUGAGCUGCCUCCCCCAGCCAUCAGCCGGAGUUUGUCCUGAUCUUUUUCACCCUGAAGCUGAUUUUCAUCUGUUUAUUCCUAAUGAAGGGCCCUUGCUGCCUCCCUCUCCCCUUCUACCUGCAACUUUCAAGCAUAUAAAUUCACCCUCUGUGACCUGGUCAAUGCAGUUUCGAAUGGUAUUAAUUUUAUGUAAGAUACCUACCUCCUUAUGAAGGAAUUCUGAAAGCUCAUUGACAGAGUACCUUUCAGAGAUGGAAAACUCAGAAGCCACUUCAACAUGGGGGUAGCAAGAGUAAACAUUUGGAAUGUGUUUGGGAAACUCAGCUCUGUUCUAGGGCAGUUAUGGUCCUGCCCUUGCUGGGCAAGA